AUGAUGGAUGAUUUUGAAUUUGAAGAGUUCAUGAGCCAUGUUGAAACUCCAAUGCAUGAGAUCGAGCCAAAUCUAUAUCUAGGAAGUCUAAUGGCAGGAGGUAACGAGCAAUUUCUCAGAGAGUACAGCAUUAAAUAUAUUGUUCAAGCUCUUGACUGUUCUAGUGAUUCACCACAAUUUGAUGGAAUUACUUAUCAUUUUAUAGCUAUUGAGGAUUCUCCGAUGGAAGAUAUUUCAAAGCAUCUUCCUGGAGCUCUUCGUUUUAUUCAUCAGCAUCUAUUAGAAGGCGAAAAAGUUCUUGUCCACUGUCAAGCAGGAGUUUCAAGGAGUGCAAGCAUCGUGAUUGCUUAUCUUAUGGGAAAAUAUUUAAUUAACUUUGCUCAAGCUAGCAAUGUGGUUCUCCAGAAAAGAAAAUGCAUAUUUCCUAAUUUAGGCUUUCAAAAGCAGCUUAGAGAGAUUGGAGAAGAGAGAUUGAAUUUAUUCUUAAGAUAA